AUGCAAAAUCGAAAUUAUGUUUUAAUGGAUGCAGAAAUUUUGAUUCUUACUGAAGAAGAGUAUGAAAAAUUCAUGCAAAGCCAAAAUGAUGAUAAAGAGAAAAAACUUGCGAAGCUUCCUCUCAUAAAAAACAAUGAUCUCUAUAAAAUUGAAAAUGAAAUAGCUACAAAUGACGCUGCUGAAAAGAUGCUUACUCCACCCUCCGAGAGUGAACAAAACCAUUAGAAAAAUCCCUAUUUUUUGCCUAAUUCUGUUAAAACAAAUUGUGUUUUUGAAAAGAAAAAAUUCUAUAAAAUAUAUAUAUAUUUUUUUUUAAAAAAAAAAAAUUAACCGUGAGCGAACAAAAUUAUUUUGUUCACUCACGGAGGGGGGAGUUAGUCAAGAGUCUCAAAAGCAUUAUUUAAAAAUCCUUGAUAGCCUUGAUCUCUCUCUUAUGCCAGGACCAAACCCUAAAAUCAGUCCAAUACGUAUUUCAGAUCACAAAUUUUUAAAUAAAGAACAUCAAGGCAUCGUAAUGGAAAGACUUAAAAAAAAAACAUCAAAGCAUAAAUGUUCAGCAUCUGCAAGCAAGCUAAUCAAUUUUAAAUUUAAUUCAAUGCCGACUUCUCCUCUGCAUUACUCGAAAAAGAAAACUAAAUCAGAAAUUUCUAGUAAGAAAACAAAAACUGAAAAAAUUCUAAGUCAUACCGAAGAUAAAACACUGCAAGAAAAUGGAGAAUUAAAGCAAAAGAAGAUUCUGACAAUGGGCAUAAAAGAUGAAUGGAGGUUUAUAAACUUGAAAGAAGUUUUUAAGCAGAUCGAAUCGGACUCUGACCUUGAAAAAUCGCCUAAAGUUCAUUCGAAAGCUCUUUCCUCAAAGAGGCCAAGCAAAAAAAUAUUGAAAAAAUACUUAACUAACUCCCUCCCCCUCUGAGAGUGAACAAAAUCAUUGGAAAAAUCCUUAUUUUUUGCUCAAAAACCCCCCUCGGAGUGUGAACAAAAAUGUUUUUAAUAGAAAUAUUUUUUUAUGAAAAAAAUUGAUAUAUAAGUGAUAAUUAGUAUAAUGAAAUCUCGAGCUAAAUCUGUUUAAUUUUAAAAACAAAUUGUGUUUUAAAGCAUAAAUUUUAUAAAUUAAACUAACAUUUGCUUUGUGAUUUUUGCAAAUUAGAUUUUUUUAAAAUUUCAAAAAACAAUUUUUUCUAAAAAAUUUAUAUAAGUUUAAAAAAAAAUGAACCCCCUCCGUGAGUGAACAAAAUUUUUUUUGCUUACUCACGGAGGGGGGGGGAGUAAGGCAAAUUCUCACAUUCCUCUUAGCUCUGAAAGAAGCACAAACCCAUCAGAAGGAUUUCUAUUUUCUGGUUCAUCAACCAUUAAGCAUGCAAACUCAAAAAAGCAAAGAAAAAAAUUGAGAAAGACAAAUUCAGAUAGUUUAUGCGAUUUAAAAUUAGAAAAAUCAUUCAAACCCAAAGUAAGAUCUUCCCAAAAUCAAGAAAAUCAAAAAACAGCACUAACAACAUUGAACUCAGCAAGAAGUUCUUAUCAAAAAAAUUCUGAGAAUAGCAAUUCUUUAGGUGAGUUAAUGCAAUUGAUGUUCGAUACUAAGUCACUAAUUUCAGAAAACAUAAGUCCAAAAGACUCUUCUCAGCACAAAGCUCUCAAUGAAAGAAUAGCUAAUAUGAUAAAAGAAAACCCUUCAGAGCUUUAUAAGAUUUUGAAUAUUUCUGGUUAUUCCAGGGAUUUCCUUACAACAAGAAGCAAUUUUCAAGGAAUCGAGUGGACAGAAGAGCAAGAAAAACUGUUUAAGUCAAUGCUUCGAAAGUCUCAUAGCUUUAACUCAAUAGCUAAAACAAGACUUUUUAAAGAAAUGGAAAGGGAUCUGAGGCCUACUCAAACAAGAGAAGACAUUGAAUGAAAAUACGACAAGCAUUCUCCAUGAGCUAAUGACCUAGACUAUAAUAAUGGCACUAAUUUUCAAACUGAAGAUAAAAAAAAGAAAGCAAGAUCUUCCAUUUCUAAUCUUAAAAAAAUAGUCAAAGACAGAGAAGAGCUGGACUCAUCAGAAGAAGAAAUGAUCAAGCUUAAUAUGCUGCAAGAAAGGACUGGGAUGACGAGCUCAAAUCUUCUCACUUUGCAAAAUCAAGCUGAUUAUUUGAAUAAAGUUCAGGAAUUCGAGCAUGCCAUAGGAGGGCUAAAGAUGAUUCAGAAAUGAAAAAAGAAUAAAUCAGAUUAUGAAUCUGCAAAGGUGAAGUUUGCAGAUCAUAUCAUUGGAAACUCUCAAAUUGAUGUAAAACAGUUAAAUAAAUCGAGAUACUCUUAUCUUUCUGCUAAAGUUGCACACCAAAGGGCUCAUUCUGAGCUAGAUGAUAAAUACCUUUUAGAAGCAGAAGAAAAGCGAAAGGAAUUAAGAAAAAGGCAGGAAAGCUUCCAAAGGGAUGUCACAAUUUCAAGGAAAAUCUGCAGAGAAAUGUUUGGGAGAGAUAUGAAGUUUGGCCAAAGAAAAAUUUUAGAAACUACAGUUCACCCCCUAGGAUCACCAAGAUUUAAGACUUAUAUGAUUAAACUUGGAUUUCUUCCUGAAAAUUAUAGUCCUCAGCCUCAUCCAAUAAAGGAUUUUGACCCAAGUGUAGUUAAAAGCCUUCGACGUCAGAUCCCUAAAGAAAGCAUCAGCCAGCUUUCAUUAUGAAAUUUUAAAAAAUCUCCUCAAGCAGGUGCUAAAACAAUGGAAACCCCACCUUUAGUCAAGCUUCAAGCUCACAUAAAAGGGUAUCUUGUGAGACAGAAAGUUACGAUGUGGCGAAAAGCUGCAAUAAAAAUCCAAAAAGCUUACAAAUGAUAUCGAACCAAAAAGUUUGUGCUUACGGCUUUAUUUGUAGAGCAAAUAGCUACAGGAAAUUUACAGCUUGGAUCUCUUCUUGUGAAAUAUAAAGAUACAAUUAUUUAUAAAAAAAUCUUAAAAGACAUUGUUGCAUCAAAAUAUAUACAGAGAAUGCUUAUCAAAAGGAAGCAAGAAAGAGCGAAGUCCGAAGAAAAUAAAUCUUCAUCUCAUCAAUCCAGCUUUGCUCCAAAAACAAGCAGAUCUUCUUUUGGAUUCACUCCUUUUUUAAAGAGUGAAGGAUUUUUCACUUUUUCAGAGAAAGCAAGUGAAGCAUCUCAAAGGGUUUCUAAGAGAAAGUUAACUGGAACUCCAAAAAAAUCACAAAAUGAAGAAAAGACGCCGAUCCCGAAGUUGAUGAAGCUUGAAGAGUUGCCUGAAAAUGCAAAAAAUUAUUUUGACUCAAUAAAGGCUGCGAGGAAGAUAGUUCGUUAG